GCUGACGAGAUGCAGAGAGGAGUUGCAACCUUUCAAGUAUCUAGAAGAAAGUAUUCCAUCUACCUUGCUGUGUCUAUGUCUCAAGAUGACAAGCUUUGCCCUCCUGAGGAGCUGAAGCACUGGAGCUCGCCUGGCCCUGAACAUGAAUUCUCCAGAGGACAGUUCUUCCUCUUCCACACAGAAGACCUCGGAUUGGUCCAACCAGCAAACAGCCACUCCACAGCCAGGAGUUAGCCCUCCGUCUCCCACACACUGCUUUGGGGAUGGGGAAGGAACAAGCUCUGCUAAGCCAGCUGAAACACCUGUUUCAACCAACCCUGCAACCCCAUCUGAAACACCAGUUUCAAUCAACCCUUCUAGCCCAUCUCAAACACUUGUUUCACCCCAAAAAAAGAGGACAGCAGAGAAAAUAACCUCUGAUGCGUCACAGCCACAGGGUGAACGUCGCAAGAGGGGGAGGCCACCCAAACACAAGAAACCCCAGACUGACGCAGAACACCAGAUCCAUCAGGCCCAGUCCCCUACAGUUUCACAUCCAUGUUUACAGCCAGAGGACCAAAUAGAGGCUGUGACACUGACACCCAACUUGCCUGUGAUACCUGAGGACAGGUGUCAGUCACCUGAUGCCCAAACAAAGGCUGAGACACAGCUCCUGUCACCCAGCUCACCUGUGCCUGAGGAUAGGUGCCAGUCAACUGAGGCCACCUCUGAACCACCAUGCCCCACCUUGGACUUACAGAGCCCCAAUAAGGGACAGAGUAAGAAUGGGCCCCAUCUCUCCAGUGCUUCUGUUGGACAUGGAGACACAACAGGCCCUAAUGUUCUAAUCACUGGUGGAUACAGAUACUCACAGGCCACUGAGGCCAGGGUGCUGGGGGAUAAACCCAGCCAGAAUGACAGUAUCACAGCCCCUGGGAUAUUUUUAAACAAAUGUGCCAAAGAGCAAAGGACUCUGUGCCAGUCACCACAGAAUCUGAGAGAUGGGAGAAAGGCGGCAAAAAAAUCACAAAUUCAUAAGGUCGACCAGCCACAGGAGAGUGAGACUGUGAGAAAUGGGGAAAAUACAUCUAAACCCUUACCGACCAUUAAGGUAGAACAGGGGAAUUGCCUAACACAAAAGACAGGGCGAAAGAGGAAAUAUACAAAAAAAUCACAGAGCCAUAAGGUAGACCAGCCAAGGGACACUGACCAGUCACAGGAGAGUGAGACUGUGAGAAAUGGAAAAAAUACAUCUAUAAAAUCACCAACCCAUAAGAUAGACUGGUCACAGGAGACGGUAAGAAAGAGGACGUAUACAAAACAUUCUCAGACCCCUAAGGUAGACCAGUCACAGGAGGCUGACCAGUCACAGGAGGCUGACCAGUCACAGGAGGCUGACCAGUCACAGAAAACUGUGCGAAAUGGGAAAAAUACAUCUAUAAAAUCACCAACCCAUAAGGUAGACCAGUCACAAGAGUCUGUAACAAAAAGGAAAAAUAUGUCUAAAAUAUCUUCAACCCACAAGGUAGACCACUCACAAGAGACUGUGCAAAAGGGGAAAUAUACAAAAAAAUCACAGACCCAGGAGACUGACCAGUCACAGGAGGAGACUGGAAAAAUCACAUCUAUGAAAUCACAGACGAAUAGAGUAGACCAGGCGGCAUCUAAAACAUCACAAAGCCAUACGGUAGAACGGUCACUCGGGAUUGACCAAUCACAGGAGACAGUGAGAAAGAGGAACUAUACAAAAAAAUCACAGCGCCAUAAGGAGCACUCACAUGAGACUGUGAGAAAUGUGGAAAAUACAACAAAAAAAUCACAGAAGCAUAAGGUAGUUUUACGAGACACGGAACAGUCACAGGAGGAAACUAUAAAAAAUCGGAAAUAUACUAAGAAAUCAAAUAUCUAUAAGGUAGACUCAGGGGUCCCUUCACUCCCUGUGCUAUCUGCAGACCUCUCCACCAACCUUUCCUCUCCCACACUCAGUCCUCCUUGGGUCCCAAAGAGAAAAUGUACCAAAAAAUCACAGACCCACAAGGUAGACUCAGAUGUCCCCUCCUCACUCCCUGUACUGUCUGCAGACCUCUCCUCCAGCCUGCAGAGGAGGAACUGCCUGGCCCUGAACAUGAAUUCUCCAGAGGACAGUUCUUCCUCUUCCACACAGAAGACCUCGGAUUGGUCCAACCAGCAAACAGCCACUCCACAGCCAGGAGUUAGCCCUCCGUCUCCCACACACUGCUUUGGGGAUGGGGAAGGAACAAGCUCUGCUAAGCCAGCUGAAACACCUGUUUCAACCAACCCUGCAACCCCAUCUGAAACACCAGUUUCAAUCAACCCUUCUAGCCUGUCUCAAACACUUGUUUCACCCCAAAAAAAGAGGACAGCAGAGAAAAUAACCUCUGAUGCGUCACAGCCACAGGGUGAACGUCGCAAGAGGGGGAGGCCACCCAAACACAAGAAACCCCAGACUGACACAGAACACCAGAUCCAUCAGGCCCAGUCCCCUACAGUUUCACAUCCAUGUUUACAGCCAGAGGACCAAAUAGAGGCUGUGACACUGACACCCAACUUGCCUGUGAUACCUGAGGACAGGUGUCAGUCACCUGAUGCCCAAACAAAGGCUGAGACACAGCUCCUGUCACCCAGCUCACCUGUGCCUGAGGAUAGGUGCCAGUCAACUGAGGCCACCUCUGAACCACCAUGCCCCACCUUGGACUUACAGAGCCCCAAUAAGGGACAGAGUAAGAACGGGCCCCAUCUCUCCAGUGCUUCUGUUGGACAUGGAGACACAACAGGCCCUAAUGUUCUAAUCACUGGUGGAUACAGAUACUCACAGGCCACUGGGGCCAGGGUGCUGGGGGAUAAACCCAGCCAGAAUGACAGUAUCACAGCCUCUGGGAUAUUUUUAAGCAAAUGUGCCAAAGAGCAAAGGACUCUGUGCCAGUCACCACAGAAUCUGAGAGAUGGGAGAAAGGCGGCAAAAGAAUCACAAAUUCAUAAGGUCGACCAGCCACAGGAGAGUGAGACUGUGAGAAAUGGGGAAAAUACAUCUAAACCCUUACCGACCAUUAAGGUAGAACAGGAGAAUUGCCUAACACAAAAGACUGGGCGAAAGAGGAAAUAUACAAAAAAAUCACAGAGCCAUAAGGUAGACCAGCCAAGGGACACUGACCAGUCACAGGAGAGUGAGACUGUGAGAAAUGGGAAAAAUACAUCUAUAAAAUCACCAACCCAUAAGAUAGACUGGUCACAGGAGACGGUAAGAAAGAGGACGUAUACAAAAUAUUCUCAGACCCCUAAGGUAGACCAGUCACAGGAGGCUGACCAGUCACAGGAGGCUGACCAGUCACAGAAAACUGUGCGAAAUGGGAAAAAUACAUCUAUAAAAUCACCAACCCAUAAGGUAGACCAGUCACAAGAGUCUGUAACAAAAAGGAAAAAUAUGUCUAAAAUAUCUUCAACCCACAAGGUAGACCACUCACAAGAGACUGUGCAAAAGGGGAAAUAUACAAAAAAAUCACAGACCCAGGAGACUGACCAGUCACAGGAGGAGACUGGAAAAAUCACAUCUAUGAAAUCACAGACGAAUAGAGUAGACCAGGCGGCAUCUAAAACAUCACAAAGCCAUACGGUAGAACGGUCACUCGGGAUUGACCAAUCACAGGAGACUGUGAGAAAGAGGAACUAUACAAAAAAAUCACAGCGCCAUAAGGAGCACUCACAUGAGACUGUGAGAAAUGGGGAAAAUACAACAAAAAAAUCACAGAAGCAUAAGGUAGUUUUACGAGACACGGAACAGUCACAGGAGGAAACUAUAAAAAAUCGGAAAUAUACUAAGAAAUCAAGUAUCUAUAAGGUAGACUCAGGGGUCCCUUCACUCCCUGUGCUAUCUGCAGACCUCUCCACCAACCUUUCCUCUCCCACACUCAGUCCUCCUUGGGUCCCAAAGAGAAAAUGUACCAAAAAAUCACAGACCCACAAGGUAGACUCAGAUGUCCCCUCCUCACUCCCUGUACUGUCUGCAGACCUCUCCUCCAGCCUGCAGAGUAGCCUCUCUCCUACUCUCAGCCCUCCUGGCAACCCCUUCUCACCAAACACACCUAAGAGAGUCAGAGGCAGACCUCAGCGGGUCCAGCAGCAGCUCUGUCUUAGCUCCACGCCAGGCCCUCACCCCAGAUCCUCGACAGGAACAGACAACCCCUUCUCUGUCUCCCUGUCUCACAUGGGACUGGGCUCCGAGAUGGAGGGCCCCCAGAACGCCUCACCCAUCACUCCCUGGAAUCUGUUGGAACUAAGCCCUCUGGAGAAGACACACUUAGCUUUACCCGGCAGUAAACCUCGCGGUAGGCCAAGGAAGAACCCGGCUACUGUGAAGGGAGUGAAGACUCAGGGUGGUAAGACGAAGGUGAAGGCUGCAGCAGAGGGAGGGUCCCAGACCUUCAGUUCUGAGGAGGGCCCCCCAGCCAAACGCAGGCGUAGAAGCAGGAAGGGCCAGACAGCAGAGGGAGCUGGCCUGCAGAGCGACGGCACUACCAGCGCUGAGCCUCUCCAAUGCUCCAGACCCAGGUUUGAGCUGCAGGAGUCAGACUCACCAGACAAAGACACAGGAGAUGCCGCCCUGUCCUCAGACCUCUCCAUCGAGCUAAGCGUACAGGAAGACCAUGUAACAUCACUGACUCUUGAAGAGGAAGAGGAGGAAGAGCAAGAGGAUGAGGAAGACCUACCCAGUUUCUUAAAUAACACAAAGCCGCUGUCCAUAACAGAAGGAAUAUGUGUUUGGUGCAAAUUUAGAAGCUAUCCUUUCUGGCCGGCAAUGGUGAAGAGUGUGAACCAUAAGCUGAAAAAAGCCAGCAUUGUGUUUAUUGACGACCUGCUGUUUGACAAGAAGAGGAUACGAAAAGGCUUUUCUGUGGCCCUAAAAACAUUGAAGCCUUUUGACUGUGAAGAGGCGGCUCAACUAGAGUGUAAAGCCAGGGAGAAGUAUGAUGCUGCCAUCCAAUGGUGUCUUGCGUUGAUAGCCGACUAUAGAAUCCGUAUCGGAUGCGGCUUCACCGGUUCCUUCAUUGAAUACUUUUCUGAUGACAUAAGCUGCCCAGUGAGAAGGCGCUACCCCCAGGGCACCUCAGACCUGACCUUCCCCAGUAAGCUAAUUCUGGAGGAGCAGCACGUAACCUCUGAUCCGGAAGGGGAAGAUCAAGAGGGCAGCAAACGGCAGGAGGAGGAGAGGAGGAGGAAGCUGCUGCCUGACCGUUCGAAGGCUGCACGUAACCGUGCCAACGAGAAACUGGUAGACUUCAUCGUCAGGCAGCGCCGGGUGGAGACGCACCUUCUGGGUGUGAUCAGCGGUCAGCAGCAGUCUAAGUGGCUGCGUUGGUUCCUGGCGGCCAGUCGGUCAGUAGUGGACACCUACCUGGAGGACGAGGAGCAGCUGGACCAGGUGUACCAGUACCUGAGAGGGGUGUACGAGACCGCCCCCCUCACCGCCCCCUGUCUGGCCGAUGUAGACCGCAUCCGCUUGGUACUGGACGUGCUCUUACCAGAGGCUAUUAUCUAUGCCAUAGCUGGAGUGGACGAGUUGUCACUGGUGAAGGCAGAGGACAAAUACUUGAAAGGGCCCUGUCUGAGUAAAAGGGAAAGAGAGGAGUUUGAUGCGAUGAUCGAGCAACAGAUGAAGAUGAAAGCAUCGAUCCGUCAGCGUCCUGCACACUGAACGUAACACGGCCUACUUGGCUUCCAACCCUCAGACUAAGAGUGCCAUAGGGCACUGGUCAAAAGUAGUGUGAAUACAGUGCCAUUUGGGAUGCAGCCUCAGAAUGCUGGUGUCCUAAUCAAACGAUCCUUCUAAGCAUUAUAGGACAAUACGUAAGUAAGGAGCCUUGUCCAAGCAAGAACCGCUAGUAACGUAGGAGGCUAUCACCUUUUUCUGUACCGUGAAGCAGCUUGAAGUACAAGUACACCCUCUGGCCAGGACACUGGUCUAUCGCAGAGAAUAAGAGCCAUAUAUAACUCUCUCUAAAUGUGGCUCUGAGGACAAUCAACUGCUGUUGUACAUGCUAGCAGUGGUGUGACUGAACAAAAGUACAUUGAAUUACCAAGUGAAUCGAAUCAUUGUGAAAUCAUCUGUGAUCGACUGAUCAAGAUUUACAGCUUCAACACGAAACUCCUGGGAGGGUGGGACCUCGUAUCACUCAGACAGACGUGCGCCGCUGGUUGAACCUGGGACUUCAUUUUAGACCAACUGCAACAGUAUUUGUUCCAACAUGGUUGCCCGUUUAGGCUGGUCGACUGUAAAUUCAGGACAUAAAAGAAAGCGCUCUAUUUUUAUAUGGAAAAGUCUGCUCUUUUUUAAAUAAAUAGUCAUAUUUGAAUGUUCCAGCCUUAUUCUAUGGUCAUGUAAGUUUAGCUUGUCAGUAAGUUAAUGUACCAAUUUUCUGGUGACAGUGUUUGGAAAAUCAAGCUAUACAACAUUCUGAAUGUGAAUCAUGUCAACUCAUCUAUAGUGAAUCCUAAAUGACACCCUAUUCCCUUUAGUGCACUUAUUUUGACCAGGGCCCAAGUAGUGCACUAUAUAGGGAAUAGGGUGCCAUUUGGGACGCAUCCCAUGACUUGCAAUGACAGUACAGGAACGAGACUAUUCCCCUAUGAUAGAUCAAUAAUGAAUACAUGCAAGUCUGAUAAAGGAUUUUAUUUGUAUUAUAUACUGAACAAAAAUAUAAAUGCAACAUGCAACAAUUUCAAA